AUGGCCGCGAGCGCCAAGCGGAAGCAGGAGGAGAAGCACCUGAAGCUGCUGCGGGAGAUGAGCAGCCUCCCGCCCAACCGCAAGUGCUUCGACUGCGACCAGCGCGGCCCCACCUACACCGACAUGACGGUGGGCAGCUUCGUGUGCACCUCCUGCUCCGGCAUCCUACGGGGCUUGAAUCCACCCCACAGAGUGAAGUCAAUUUCAAUGACUACUUUCACACAACAGGAAAUAGAAUUUCUUCAGAAGCAUGGAAAUGAAGUGUGCAAACAGAUUUGGCUAGGCCUAUUUGAUGAUAGAUCAUCAGCAAUUCCAGACUUCAGGGAUCCACAGAAAGUAAAGGAAUUUCUACAGGAAAAAUAUGAAAAGAAAAGAUGGUAUGUUCCUCCAGAGCAAGCAAAGGUGGUGGCAUCAGUCCAUGCAUCUAUAUCGGGGUCUUCUGCUAGUAGUACAAGCAGCACACCUGAGGUGAAGCCACUCAAAUCUCUCUUGGGAGAAGCUGCACCCACACUGCACUUAAACAAGGGCACACCUAGCCAAUCUCCUGUUGUAGUUCGGUCUCAAGGACAGCAGCAACAAGAAAAGAAACAAUUUGACCUCCUCAGUGACCUUGGCUCAGAUAUAUUUGCUGCUGCUCCUCCUCAGUCAACUGCUACAGCCAAUUUUGCUAAUUUUGCACACUUCAACAGUCAUACAGCGCAGAACUCUGCAAAUGCAGGUUUUGCAAACUUUGAUGCAUUUGGACAGUCUAGUGGCUCGAGUAAUUUUGGAAGUUUCCCCACAGCAAGUCAGUCUUCUUUUCAGCCCCAAAAUACAGCGUUCAGAACGCUUUCAUCUAGCUGCAGUUUGGGUGAAUUUACUUCAGCUUUUCCUCUUCAGGCUGUACACAGUGGAAGCGCUGGAUCAGUGAAUGCUAACUUUGCUCACUUUGAUAACUUCCCUAAAUCCUCCAGUGCUGAUUUUGGAGCCUUCAGUGCUUCUCAGAGCAACACAACAGCAACUGCAGCCAGUAAAGCUGCAGUGAAUAAACCGAAUCUCCAGUCAGCUGAUAAAUAUGCAGCUCUUGCUAAUUUAGAUAAUAUCUUCAGUGCAGGGCAAGGUGGUAGUGAGCAAGGAAGUGGCUUCAGUACAGUAGUAUCAGCAUCAGCAGGUCCUGCAUUGUCAGCCCCAAAUCAGUCAAGUGCAUCUUCAGACAAGUAUGCGGCUCUAGCAGAAUUAGACAGCGUGUUCAGCUCCACAGCAACCUCUAGUAUUGCGUAUACUUCCACCAGUAACGUUAGCAGCAAUGCUUUCGGAACAGUACCCGUGGCUGCUACUGCACAGACACAGCCUGCAUCUUCGAGUGUGCCUGCUCCAUUUGGAGCAACACCUUCCACAAAUCCAUUUGUAGCUGCCCCUGUUGCCCCAGUGGCACCUUCAACAAAUCCAUUCCAGACCAAUAGCCGAGGAGCAACAGCAGCAACAUUUGGUACUGCAUCCAUGAGCAUGCCUGCAGGAUUUGGAACUCCUGCCUCCUACAGUCUUCCUACUAGUUUUAGUGGCAAUUUCCAGCAGCCCACGUUCCCAACCCAGACAGCUUUCCCUCAACAGACUGCUUUUGCUCAGCAGCCAAAUGGUUUUGCUACAUUUGGACAGGCAAAGCCUGUAGUAACUCCUUUUGGACAAGUUGCAGCUGUUGGAGUAUCUAGUAACCCUUUUAUGGCUGGUGCACCAACAGGACAAUUUCCAACAGGAAGCUCAUCAACUAAUCCUUUCUUAUAGCCUUAUAGACACUUUACCCAAAAGAACUCUUAUGUGGUCACAUAACAUCUCUGCGCCUCUUGCACUGUUGUCUUGUUUCACUGAUAUUAGCUUUAAACACAAAAGAAGUCUUUAAGAAGUAAAAAUAAAAGCCUGCAUUGUGUACCUUUUAAAAAAAAAAAAAACAACACAAAACCAAGAAAAUCAACCCCCCCAUCAGGUAAUAACGUGCAAAACAGAGGGCUGUGGUAACAUCCUUGAACCUGUGAACUGGCAGGUAAAAAGUAGCGGUAUCAUGUAUAUUAAAAUUGGCUAAUAAGUUAUUGCAGAUACCACAUUCAUUAUGCUGCAGUACUGUACAUAUUUUUCUUAGAAAAUAGCUAUUUGUGCAUAUCAGUAUUUGUAACUUUAACACAUUGUUAUGUGAAAAAUGUUACUGGGAAAUAGAUCAGCCACUUUAAGGUGCUGUUGUAUCUCUUGGAAUGAAUGAGCUACAUCAUUUUAACCAUUGGUAUUGGAAGUCAUGAAGUUAAAUUUAAGGUUUGUUCAUUUCUCAAAAUGUUUUCCUUUCCUAAGAGCUCUUCUAUUUAUACAUGCCUAAAUCUCUAAUGUUAGAGGGAUACCUGUCUGCAUAAUAAAGCUGAUCAUGUUUUGCUACAGUUUGCAGGUGAAAAAAAUAAAUAUUAGA